AUGUCUUUUGCAAGUCCCAUUUCGUGCGUGACACUUAGGUCCAGUCCAUCCCCAACGACAAUAACCACCAUCCAACUUUUUACAAGCUUGCUUGCAAAGAGCGUCACAACAGUUGACGCAAAGGGUGCAGGAAUUUCUGUCCCCCUCGCACUGUUGGCGACGUUUGGACUGAGACUUGCAGAUAUAAAUACUUCUCUCACCAACGUGAAACAACUACUUUGUGUGACCCGUUCACGCUUAGACCGUAUUUAUGUAACUGUCAUGGCACAGUUGCCGGAAAAAUCGUGGGAACGACGUAAACAAUCACAAUUCUCUGGUCUUGUAAUCGGACUUUUUCGAACACCAAGAUUAUUGACAUUGCGCUACUUUACUAUUACUUGUUACCCCAUGUCGCGAGCAACAUAUACAAAUAUGAAUUGUUAA